UAACAAAGUUUAUCACAGGAAUAAUUGAGUUUUUGGAGCAAAAAUUUGUUCGCACAAUGCCUUCUAAAGACAAAGGACCGCUGCAGACUGCGCAGAGAGAAGGAGAUGAACUGAAGAGAAAGGUGGACAAUGUAAGUCAGGAAGCUCAGUCUCUACUGGAUGAUACCACCAUCCCAGAGAGAACUACCAAGUUGUCAGACUUGUACAGAGAGUCCAUCAGUUUGAAGGAGACUGCAAACUCUUUGCACAAAAAGGUGUCAGCACUGAGGAAGGGAGAUGAACCAAUCAAAGUACCAGACUUUGAUAGAAAGAAGAAAGAUGAAGUAAAACGGGUGGACGGACUUCGGGACCAACUGGAGAAACUCAUCAGUAAGCUAGAGCCUGAUGAGGUGGAAGAAGAUUACUUCAGGAAAGUGCAGGAGAAGGGAGGAGCCCAGUCAGCCACGGAGACAGACGACACAGAGACUGGGGAGGAGUCGGAGGAGGAGACAGAUGAGGGAGAGUCAGAAGAUGAGGACGAAUCAGAGGAGGACUCUGAAGAAGAGAGCGAGGAGGAGACAGAUGAAGAUGAAGAAGAAUCAGAAGUAGAACAGACAACAACAGAAGUAAAAGAUCACACAUUACGACAAUGGGAGGCCCUAUCUGACUUCAAGGGGGAACAAGAAGGUGAUCUCAACUUCAAGAAGGGAGACAUACUCAGUAUAGUGGAGACUCAGGAUGAUGGCUGGUGGGUAGCUGAGGACAAAAAUGGUAAAAGAGGACUUGUGCCAAGUACAUACCUACAGGUGUAUGACAAAUUCCCUGAGGUACACUCUCCAGAAGCUGAAGAAAAAGAAGAUCUAGAUGCCUCGAAAGCGAGUGGAAAAUCACUCUGGAGGAAAGUGAGCAAGGCCUUUACUGAGACAACAGUUACAGAUGUGUUGUCAGCUAUGGGAGGUAUCCCAUCAGGCUUCAGGCACUCUACACUCCAUAAACUGUUAGAGGAGGAUGAGACCUACACCACAGGACACUACAUCUACCCCAAACUGAGUGAAUCUCACCUGUCAUUCAGGGACCUCCACUGGAACCCAACAGACUGUAAGAUUCGUUCCAAGACAGUCCGUAUCCAGAGAACAUUCACUUUGUGGAACUGCAAGGCAGUACCAGACACAGGGUCAGCCUUAGAUGUAAAGAGCCGGCAUGUCAGAGUAGCUCUCUUUGAUGGUGUCAAGGUCCUAAGUAACAUUCACACAGUCCAGGCCAAGUGGCUGGAGAAGGAACCAAAGACCUGGACCUUCAACCCAAGGGUGCAGGGGAUGCUACCAAGUAUUCUGGAUGGAGAAUGUUUUGUCAGAUCAAACAAUAUGGAGCAGAACAUAGGUCUACUCUUUGAACUGGGUGUCACCUAUGUCAGAACGAAAACUGGAGAGCAAGGUGAACUGAGCUGUGGCUGGGCCCAUCUAAAGCUGUUUGACGACAAUGGCAGCCCUAUUGCAAACAAGUCCUAUGACUGUACACUAAACGGAGGUACUCCCUAUGAGAAGGGAGUGGAAGUAGACCCAGCUGUCUCUAGAACAGCAAGUGGUAGUCGCUUUAAGUCACUGCUGACAGCCAAUAAACAGCCUCAUCUCAUAGUGAAGGUCGGAACUCCAAACAAGGAGAGAAAAGACAUCUUAGAUAUGCUGCCAGACACACUAGUGAGUAGUGUGCACUAUGCAGAAUUCACGGCAUACUAUCGACAGAUCCUCGCUGACACCCUGCUAAGGGACAGGCUGAACAUGUACACUGCAGAUCUCAUUCACAGCCCAGUGCUGGCCCAGUUUCCCAAAGCCAUCAUGCAGACAGACAUCAUGGAUGCUGUCAGGAGUGUCUGGGGUGAGAAAAUGAAGACAAUGAAGAAAGCAAACAAGCGUGACAGUGAGCAGAUGAAGACCCUGUUCAGCCAGGUGUUUCUGGAGACGGCCUAUGCCCUGCUGUUCUCCACAUCACUCCCUGAGUACAAGUGGUGGGACGGGUCAGUCAUGGAUGCAAGGUGGAAGGAAAUCUCCAAGUUCUUAAAGAAGAACCAGCAGAAAGGCGGCCUCGCCUCCCUCCUUUCUCCUGACUGCCUCCAUGAACCAUUCAACAUUGCAGAGGUCAGCUUUGACCUCUUGUCAACAAACUGUACAACAUAACAGGAGUUUUAGAUUAAAAAUAAUGAAAAGCAAUUUUAGUAAUGUUCCAUAGAUGUCAAUAUUGAUAGGAUGUUUUCUCUUAUGGUAAAGUUACAAGUGCUCUUUGUAAAUGGAUUCAAAACAAUUUUGGACUAGUGCAGUAAGAAAUGUUUUGUCUUGUAAAAGCAUUAAAAUCAUUCUCAUGUCUUGCAAUGUGGACUGUUUGUGACAGUUUGAUACUGUUGCAUUUUGUAAUCAUUCUAGGCCAAAUGAUGACCUAAUCUUUCUUAAGUCAAAAGCAAGAGUUUACGUUUGUGAACUUUGUAACAAAAGUAGUUCCAUGUAGCAGUUAAACCCAUCAAAUAGGAGUGAUGUUUGUACAAAUUGAUUUGUAGCCUGAGAUGCUGUAGUCAUUCUAUUAGAAAAAACAAAAGUUUGUAGAUUUGUGACCACUAUUUUCAUAAUAAAAGUUAUUGCAAUAA